AUGGCUGCCGAGGGGGAGUACGAGUCCAUCCUGUGCGUCAAACCAGAAGUCAACGUUUAUCGCAUCCCGCCUCGAGCGUCAAACCGCGCGUACAGGGCGGCAGACUGGAAGCUGGAUGCUCCUGACUGGUCUGGUCGGAUGAGAAUCACAGCCAAGGGUACAGUGGCGUUCAUCAAACUUGAGGACAAAAUCUCAGGGGAGCUGUUUGCGCAGGCACCAGUGAAGGAGUAUCCCAGCGCUGCGGUGGAAACUGUCAGCGACUCCAGCCGGUACUUUGUUCUGAAGAUACAGGAUGACAAUGGCCGCAGCGCUUUUGUUGGAGUUGGCUUUGGGGACCGAGGGGACGCCUUCGACUUUAAUGUGGCUUUGCAGGAUCACUUCAAAUGGGUGAAACAGGAGAAUGAACUCAGUAAAAGUGCCCAGCUCGGGGAUUCGGGACCAAAGCUGGACUUGGGUUUUAAGGAAGGACAAACCAUCACACUCAAUAUAGGCCAAGGCAAAAAGAGGGAUAAGCCCCGCCCACAAGGCUCAGGUGCAGCAGGGCUCCUUCCACCACCACCUGGAGGCAAAAUAGCCCCUCCCCCUUCCUCAGGGUCAUCCAAUCACAACAAUGUCCAGCAGACAGGAAGCUCAGCAACAGGCUGCUUCUUGGAGCUGGACAGCAGCAACUCCAACACAGUGCUUCAAUCAAACCCUGGUUCAGAUCUUCUUUGGGGAGACUUCUCUGCUCCUGCAAGGUAG